CCAGCCUCCUCUCACUCUGGACGGAGAGCGCCACAGCGAGCAGCAGGAGUUUGGAGCAGCUGAAGAACCCAGCUCAGCAGAACCGGACCGGACCUCUGGUGCGAUGGUGCCGGUGGCCACGUGAGCGUGCACGUCCAGCCAGAGUUUUGGAAUCACUGACUUCAGACCUGGAGAUGACCGUGGUGUGAGUCAGACUCACAGCACCGCUCGACUGGGACUCUUCAGCAGGAACCAUGAAAGAAAACUUCAGGGGCUAUGAGAACCAGCUGUUCAAAGAGGAGGACUUCACUGGUGAGGAGGAGGAGAUGCCGUCCUUCAGAGCUCGGACCCGCGGCGGCUGCGUGAGGUGUCAGCAGAGCCACUCGCUCCAAGUGGCUGUCAAAGUUCUCUUUGGAUUCGUGGCCUUCCUGGUUGUCACGGUGGCCGUGCUGGCAUCGCUGGUGUUCCAAAGGAUGGAGGUCCUGUCGGAGGAGGAGUCAGGCUUCCACAAGAAGAUCGGCCGCCUGCAGCAGGGGCUGGAAGGGCUGAGCUCCGCCCCCAACUGUUCCAUCUGCCUGGAUGUGACGCAGCACGCUGGGGAGAUCAGCAGGCUGAAGAAGGAGUUUGAAGACGUCCAGAAAAUGAUCCUGAGGCAGGAGCAGGUCCUGGACCAGGCCACUCAGGCACAGAACACUUUGACGGCCAGCAACAACCGACUGACUCGAGACAUGCAGAGCAACGUCCUGUCCCUCAAACUUCUUAACCAGUCUUUGGAAAGAUACCUUGACCAAGUCAAAGGUUGGAAGGAAGUCAUUGAGGAGACGGAGGAGAAGAUGAGUAGCCUGACGGCGGACCAGCGGGACAUUAAAGCUACGGCGCAACAGGUCAACACCACAGUUGCCCUCAGCACCUUGUGGAUCGACGCCUUGCAAAGGAAAGCAGACGAGGAGACGCUGGUCCUGCAGAAGCUGACCAGUGACUGGCAGAACUACAGUCGCACUCUGGGUGCCAUCAAGUCCAACAGCAGCAGUAACACACAAAGCAUGCGCUUCCUCCAGAACAGCAUCGUGGCUGACCACCAGAGGAUCACCAUGUCCAGUGAGGUCUACUACGACCUCACCCAGCAGGUCCUGAACUUGCAGAUGCAGCUGGACAACGUGACGUCCUUCAUGGACGAGCAUGAGGAGAACAUGCAUGACCUCCACUACCAUUCCAAGUACUACGAGAACAGAACCGGCGAGCGCUUCUCUGCAUUGGACAGCCGACUCAACUCCAUCGCCAUGGAGAUCGACACCAUAUCCUCCAGCAUCAACGCCACCGUGAGCCACGUCCAGAGCAUGUAUAAGUACAUCAACAUCGAGAGCUCGUCGUGCCAGAGUCGCCUGGGCAGGCAGACAGAAGACCUGCAGACCAUUAACAGCACAGUUCUGGUUCUCCACCUGCUCGUCAACCAACUGAGGCAGCAGACCAUGUUUCUCAACCUCCGCCUGGACAUGGACGUCAGGAACUUGACCAUGGUGACGGAGGAGCUGAAGCUCGUCGACACACACCACACAACGCAGAUAAAGAACUUCACAAUACUGAAAGGGGCUCCUGGACCUCCAGGGCCAAAAGGCAACCGAGGAGAGACUGGCCCAAAGGGACAAAUGGGACCAAGUGGAGUUAAAGGCACAAGAGGCCCGACAGGUAGCCGUGGAGGUCUCGGAGAGAAGGGAUCUCUUGGACCCAAAGGGAAUCAAGGUGAACCAGGCCCUAUUGGCAGUCGAGGGAGCGUGGGAUUCAAGGGGUCCAAGGGGUCUCUCGGCCAGCCAGGACCUCGUGGGGAGAGGGGUCAGAAAGGAGACACAGGACUCUCAGGGAAGGACGGCAUUCAAGGACCAUCGGGACCUCAAGGAAUCCAGGGCCAGACAGGACUUCCAGGUAUCGUCGGUCCUCCAGGGCAGAGAGGGAAACCAGGACCAAGUGGCCCACCUGGACCGCCAGGAAUACCAGGCCCUCCAGGACCGCCUCAUCAUCAAGAACCAGUGGACAGCAACCAGCAGAGGGGUCCCGCCUCCGGAUCCAAGAGGCAGUAGACAGAGCACCUGCCCGCGACUCUUCACGUCUGUUGUGGUGCAACUGACCGGAAGAGAGACGUUUUCAGGACCAUGUGAAUGUCAGCCUUCAUUUAUCCGUCUUCGCUCUGCUUCGUGUGGAUGUGCUCUUCUCUUGGAACAUCCUUGUCUCCAGUCAGAGCCGGUACUCUGAAGGAGCUUCACAGCUUCUGCGGGAAAUCGACGUUACGCUUCCGAACCCGAGGCGUACAAAUGUUCCGUCCCCCAAAGUGAAGUGCCGAGUGUGUGUUGGGGAGCGUGCGGGGUGGUCCACACCAGCUGACCUCUCCGUCAGCUGGCAUCAGAUGGUGCGAUGGUCUUCGGCUGCUCUCGUUGGGCCAUGAGCUUGGAUGCAGAUGGCCACAUGGACCACUGCAGGGGGUCGUGACAUCUUCCUCACUGCUGCUGUCAUCUGAACUGGAAGAGCAAAUGAUGCCCUCCUGGCUUGGUGUGUGCCACUCGUUUGUAAGUCAAUCCGGCUAAACUGGCUAAUGAGCUAAACACUUCCAUCGCCUCAAGCCUCGUGACAGAUCAUGUAAACGCUGAAGUCUACAAGACUUUAGCAGCACAAGAUCAUAAAGGAGGCGCAGCAGCACACAUCACAAGUCUCUUCCCAUGAUGUGGAGGUAGCAAGACGACUUUCACUGACCCAGUCGGACCUGACUGGGUGGCUGCUGGCGGUCAGGACAGGAGAGACGGGAGAGGCUCAGACGGACCUGAACAUCGGACCAAGUGUCUUUGAAGUCUGUGAAUGAAAAAGUUCCAAUGUAGAACGGUUCCAGGACAUGGCGACUCGUGUUCCGCCGCUCUCCCAACUCGGCCACGUGACAGACCCCGUGUCUGCCAGGGAACACAAACACCCUGCACUUGUGUAUCGCCGCAGACAAACAUGCCAUUUCUGUGUCUGUUGUCAUGACGUGCGACUGGUUUGCAUUGAACUCCAAUAAAGCUCUAGCUGUGUGUUGCUGUGAAGCGCAGGGAGUGGACUUCCACUCAUUAACACGAAACACAUGUCCGUCCUGGGCUCCAGCGCUGAGCUCUGCUCUCCAGCUGAUUCCCUGCUGCUCUCAGACUUGGUCAACGCACCGAAACGUGGACUGAAAACAGAGGUGCACUUCAGUAAGAGGCUACAGAGGCGGCUGUCUGGCGCUCAUCUCCAGGAGAGGGCUCAGGAUGGAACUUGACUGGGAGUGGGAUUCAAACCCAGGUGGAAGACGGUGACCGCUCCUGCACGUCGCACCACAAUCGGGAUGAUGCUCCUCAAAAGUCACCUGGUUGACCCAGCUGCUGUGGAGCUCGGUCGUCCAGGAGGUGAGCAGCUCCGGCCGGUGAGGCGAGCCUGACGGUGGAAGGAGGUCCGGGUGAGUGUGAGUGAAAAGCUCUGUUCCUCCAUGAUCUUCUGCUCACCAGUGAGAUCUGCGAGCUAAA